CAAAACAUUAUCUGUUAAUCAUUGGAAGAAGCAACAGCACUCAGCUUCGAUGGCGACUACGUGAUACUUGCAUCAAAAAGUCACCGACUACAACUUCGAAAUUGUCUAUAUCUGCUGCUGGAGGUGCACAUUACUAUCAACGGUUUCAUUCAUGCUCACCAUUCAUCAAAGCGCAUGGCAGCUAUGGCUGUGAAAUCCGAAAGCUUACAUCAUGCCACCGAGGCUCUCAUUCUUCCCCAACCUCGAAAGUUCUACCGCGCUGCCGUAGAAACAAGUCAUUGGCAGCUUCGGUCCCUCAUUAGCUCUCCUGAAUCCCACAUUGUAUACUAUCCAUCUGGAUCCGAAGUCUUCUCUUUGAAUACCAAAACACAGGAGCGCGAAGUCAUUGCGAAGCUCCCUUUUCUUCCCCGAUGUCUCAUAGCAUCGAAGGAUUGGUUAUGCUGCGGCGCGGAAUCAGGGCAAUAUGUUUCGAUAUCUCUGAAAGAUAGAGCAGAGGAUCGGAAUUUGAUAUUCAGUGGAGAAGCGGACCCCGAUGAACGACUACCUCUGGACCUUGAUCCUACGAGACGAUCCACAACUCGAGAAGCAAAUUCCUCUAUACGAAGGUCUCCGAGUCGCCCUCUUCAACCAACCCCAAUAAAGAUAGGAACUGAGAUUGUCAAUUGCGUGACUCUCUGGAGCCCAGGGGAGAUGGUAUCCGAAAAGGCAUACGACAUACCAGUGGCCGUAGUAGCAAACAAUGAUUGCACCGUCUCAAUUGUCAAUGUUCGAGAUUCCGAAGUGCUUGAAAAGUUGACAUUGCCCGACUUUGUCAACCGGUCUGUUAUCUCUCCAGAUGGCGAAAUACUUGUCACGAUAUGUGAUGAUCCAUUUCUCUACAUCCAUCAAAGAACCGAGAAGAUUGGAUUUAGAAAGCAGCGAUUCGGUACCAAGGAUGUGCAACGUUAUGAGUGGGUGUUGGCCGGCAAGAUCCAAUUGGAAGGACAGCGGACAACCGACAAGUCAGAGAAUAGGGGAAGUUUCACAGCAUGUUUUUCACCUUCAGGGAGAUACCUGGCUGUGGCAACUCAAUACGGCGUCAUAUCCAUUUUCGAUGCUCAGCGGUUAACGGACCAUGACUCGUUACUGGUCAUAUUCACGACCUCAAGGCCAGGUGCAUCAAACGGUGCUGUUCGAUCAAUGGAAUUUUCGCCAGCACCAUUUGACCUUCUAGCGUGGACAGAACACAGUGGUCGAAUAGGGGUCGCUGAUGUUCGAUCUCUUUUCUAUUCUCGGCAGCUGAUCAGAAUAAACUCAGAUGGUGAAGGAGUAGAGACGGUCAAUGUCUCGGAUAGACGUACCGAAUCCUUCAUCGAUCCUCGACUACUCAAUGUCCGUAAUGAGUCGCCUUCAUCGCACAGCAGCACUCCUGAUUAUCUCGGAUUAGACCUUGAGAGGAGGCAAUUGAGACAUUUGACUCGAGAGAUGUUAGAUAGGCAUCAUACACCAGUGACUGUGGAAGAAUUGGAGGUCCUUCAAGCCCAUCGAAUUGCCCGUCGUCAAAGAGACGCAGCGAAUGCAGCACGCGAAGCUCUUGCAGAAGGUUCAGGCCGAUGGAGUGCAUGGGGAGACGGUCAGCGUUCGUCAACAGCUAGUGGUGAAGGACCUGGAAGCACUAGUCGACGAAUCUCAACUAGCGGAUUGCCUGCCGCUCUACGAGAGUUCGUAAAUCCUGACCGAACUGCUGCAUCAUUUAGAUCAUUUAUCAACGAACGAAAUCGUGAGAAUGAGAGACGGAGUCAACUGCAACAAGAACCUAGACGACGAGCCUCAAUGAUCUUGGCAGCCGCCGAGAAUGCGAUUGAGCGGGAAACUCUAGGCACAGGAGCCCGACCAAGUAAUGACACGUCUACUACACUCGAACGGUUGACCUUGACACCUUCUCGUCUAGAGACUUUUGGUUCUGACUCGCCAAAUAAUCCGUGGGCGGAGAUUGAUGCUCUAUAUCGGUCACGAUUUCCUGGAGAUCCACCCUUGGACAGAUCGACCAGGCUUCGAGUUGAGGUAGCAGCUGAUGAGGAGCCAAGAGAUUUUGCUCACCGAUUAAGGCAGCCCUGGCGGCCCUUGGAUGAUCUCGGUUCUGGAACAGGAAUAAUCCCUGGCGGAGGAGGGCUUCGGGCACCUGAAACUAUGGGUUGUGCCUGGAGCUCGGAUGGCAGGAUCUUAUACGUUGGGGCUCAGGAUGGCAUUCACGAGUACCACGUGAACGUCCCUGCACGAAAGAAAUUUCCCAGCCUUGUAAUGCGAUAAUAUUGGUUUGGCGGGCGUCCGGGAGUUUUGGCCUCUUUCUGAACGUGUAUUGUUACCCAUAUUUGGAAAUUUCGAAAAGUGGCGGAACCUUCUGCUAAUGCGCUUCCAUCGAAGUCGGUGCUAUGAAGUUUUGCACAUAGGAGAGAUGCGGUGGAUUCCAUGACCCUUAGCACAUAGGACGGAUGCAUCACGGUGAGUUUAUGACAGCAAUCAAUAGCGACAUAAUGAUAUGGCCUUCAAUACAAAAAUUGAAACAG